UGUAAACACUAGCACGUGAGCGGCUCGUAUAGAGCGUGUUGAAUUUUUUUGUACAUCUAAUCACUGCCGUGUAUUGGACUUGGAAUAAAAUUCAUCGUUAUUAAACAGUAAUUCAGUCGGUGUGUGUGUGUGUUUUUUUUUCAUAUUAGUGUAUUCACCGAUUAUGACGUUAGAACUCGACGACGCCGUGGCCAUGACCGACGCCGUGCAAGAAUCGGCCGAGGACGGAGGCGGCAGGAAAAGGAAGAGGAAACGAGUGUCGGAAGAAAACAAGAGGAUAAAACCGCCAACGGCGGAGGAGUUGAACAAACUUAGGGAAACGGAAAACUUGUUUCUGUCCAACAUGUUCCGUAUGCAAAUCGAAGAGAUGCUCAAGGAAGUCAAGCCCAAGACAGCGACUCUUGGUAAAAUCAAAGAAUGGUUUGCUAAAUUCGAGACAGCUGUCUUAAAAGACUUGGACAACUCCGAUUAUCAAAAGGAACUCAUGUCAAAUGUGGAUGUAUCCAAAUUAUGGGCACCUUUUCGUUUGGAACCUUUAAAUCACUCUGACGGAACAUUUCGCUUUAUUAAACCUGCGGCUUUGAAGGUUUUCGGUUCACACUCUGUAGGAACGUCACUUACACCAAAUAUAAAAAUUGACAUAGCACUAGUUUUAGGAAAAACACUUUUCCACAAGAAAGAUUAUGCAGACGAAAGGUAUUUUCGCAAGAAAGCAUUCUAUUUACAUUGUCUUUCCAAAGAACUUGUUAAAAUUCCAGACUUAAUAAACAACGACGAUGUCAAAUUUUCACAUUCUACGUCUUCAUAUUAUUCACCAGUGCUCGUUGUAAAACCGGCGGGAACGUUAGGUAAAAAGUGUAGUAUUCAUUUAAGGGUCGUACCCGAAAACAAUGUCUACAAACUGCAAACAUUUUCACCUACUAUUAACAACAUUGAUACUCAAUGGUAUUUCGGUGAAGAAAACGAAUUAAACAACUGCCCUACACCUCGUUACAACAACCUCGUUCUACAAGAUUUAGUAGCAGACCAAAAUGAAGCAUUGCUGAAAGAUGUUAUCGAGUCGAACCAAAAUGUUCAAGACGCAUUGAUAUUGUUAAAGAUAUGGCUUGCGCAAAGAAACCUUAGAGGAAAUGGAAAUAUUACAAAUUAUAUAAUUUCAAUGUUUGUCGUGCAUUUGUUUAAGAAACACAAAAUAAAUAAGUUCAUGAGCAGUUAUCAAAUUGUGCGAAACGUUUGGUUGUGUUUAGGUCAAAGCAACUGGCACACCGAAGGUAUACAGCUAACAGAGGACGAUGAAAGCAGUAAAGAUGUGAAAAAACCUUCAUUGUCGGAAUUUCAUGCUGCGUUUCAAGUGGUUUUUGUAGACUCUACUGGCUUCAUGAACUUGUGUGCAAAUGUUUUUAAAUCCAACUACAUUUAUAUAAAAAACGAAUGCAACUACGCAGUGGAAAUGUUGGACAAUGCUAAUAUGAAUUCUUUUCCGUAUUUGUUCUUAACGAAAGCUUCUUUUUUUCAACGAUUCGACCAUUACAUCAAUUUCAACGACAUUGACGUAGUGAAACAAACUAUCGACAAGUAUGGAGACAAAAAACUCAAAUUGGAUUCUAGACAGGAUUUAACGUUUCAGUUUCAGCAGAUAAUCGAACCUUUACUGUUGUCAAGUCUGGGCGAUAGAGUCGACGAAAUUUGUUUUGACAUAAUUCAGGAUCCGGCCGACGUCGGUACAAUUUUAAAACCCUUUAGUAAUUUUCUAAUCGGCCUACGCCUGAAUCCUGGAAAAGCAUUCAGUGUCGUCGAACGCGGUCCUACGGCUAAUUUGCCCGAGGCCAAAGAAUUCCGUUCGUUUUGGGGCGAGAAAUCUGAACUGAGACGUUUCAAAGACGGAGAAGUGUGCGAGGCAGUCGUCUGGUCCGAUAGCAAUGUCGCUUCGAACAAGAAACGUUGUAUUACGAGAGAAAUAGUUCAAUAUGUGUUACAGAAUAAAUUGUCUAUUCCUGCAGAGCGAUUUAUCUAUAUCGCCGAUCAGGCCGAAACUGUUCUUAACAAUCCUUUUAUCACACCGAUUGGUUUUGAAUACGGAACCGGAGAAAGUGCGAGCAUGCAUUGUAUCGACAAUUUCAACGAAGUGGGCAAAGCUAUUAGAGAACUCGAAGGGUUACCGUUGAUCGUUAAUUCGGUGCAAGGAGUAUCGGCCGUGUUAAGGUACGCCGAUGUCAUACCACCGUUGUCCAGAAGUCACGCGGAUGACAAAAAAACCAAGAAAACGAAAGGGAAAUGUGUUUUGGCUUCUACCGAUGACGAAUUGAAAAUAGCUCCAGGAUUUGUGCAACCCAUUGAAGGAAUAUUGCAAUUUGCAUCGAGUGGAAAGUGGCCCAACGAACUGCCGGCUGUCAGAAGAAUGAAAACGGCGUUUUACAUCAACUUGGCCGCUCGAUUAAAUCAGGAAUGUAAUUUAGUUGCCCAACCGUUUAUUGACUACGUCGACGUGAUGAAAAAUGGUUUUGUUUUCCGUUUUCGAAUAUACUACCCCGGAGAAGUGGCAUUGUUGAAAAAAGAAACAAUGCCCGACGGUAUGGUUCGCUAUAGGGACACUGAAGAAUCUGUACAACUAGAACGGUCAAUGGUACAGCUACCGACGUUGACGAGUUCAUUGCACGGACUCCAUUCGCAGUAUCAUUCGUUCGGGCCAACUUGUUGCUUGGCCAAACGAUGGCUUAGGAGCCAACUUAUAGACAGUUACCAUUUUCCCGACAUAUGUGUCGAACUACUUGUGGCCAGUUUCUAUUUGCGGCCCGAACCCUUCAAAAUAACAAAUCAACCGACAAUAGGACUGUUGCAUUUUUUGCGCAAGUUGGCUACGACCGAUUGGUUUAGGGAAUUUGUUGUCGUCAAUUUCAAUGGCGAAAUUUCAAAGGAGCAGAUUUCCGCACUGGAAUGUUCCGUAGCAGCGCAACCGAGCAGCUCGAGACCGGCCAUGUUGUUGGUUACGCCGUUCGAUUUAGAAGGAACAUCGUGGACCAAAGAGGCCCCCACGCUAACGAUAUUAGCGAGAUUGAUGCAUUUGUCUAAAAAGUCAUUAGAAAUCGUAGAAAAUAGUUUUUUAACAAACGGCACGGUCGAUCAUUUUAAACAAAUAUUCAGGCCGUCGUUGAACGAGUAUGAUGUUUUGGUAGUAUUGAAAAAUAUCAUGAACCCUUUGAGACACAUGGCCGUCGACGCUAAGUUAGCCAGAGUCUACGCUGCGGAACCACCCAAAGAAAACGAACCGAUACCACUAACCGGAUUCAAUCCCAUCGAAGAACUUUUAAAUGUUCUCAGGGACAGUUAUUCGGAUUACGCAUUGUUUUUCCACGACACUUACGGAGGGAGUACGAUCGGAAUAGUUUUCAAACCAGACUCUUUUACUGUUUCUGAAUUCAAGGUCGGCAACGUUAAUGGAAAAAAACUAACUCACACUUUGAACGGCAAAAAAGUGGAAUUAAACUUGGACGCAAUCAUCGAAGACAUACAAAUUUUAGGAGGUUCUAUGAUAAAAAACAUUGAGAAAUGUAACAAAACUCUGUUUAGUAAUUAAUAUUUUGUUCGUUUUUAUUGGUAUAAUUACACAAUAUUUACCAAACAAAAUAAAUGUUUUUUGUUUUUAUAA